AUGGUUGUUAAUGCCUUUGCUAUGAUGUAUUCUAUUGAAGAGAUUAAUAAUUCCACUCUCUUGCCUGGGAUUAAAUUGGGUUAUGCAAUCUAUGACUCGUGCUCUGAUGUCUCCAAAGCCAUUCAGUCAACAAUAAAACUAUUUCCAGAAUUGAACUUACUGUACAACCCUCCAAAAUGCAGCUCCGAAAUAAUGCCUACUGUGAAAGCAGUCGUUGGAGAAAUCAAUUCAGAAAUUUCUAUUGCAAUUUCUCGCAUUCUCAGUCUUCACUCUAUACCUCAG